CAUCCAUUACCGCCUAUUGCCAGCAGUAUGCGCAUCGCCCGCAUCCGCUACCUCUGGCUAAGCUUUUAUCGGCGGCUCAUGCUUAUUGUACUUGUCAUCAACAUCAUUGCCAUAUCUGCCCUUGUCGGUAAGGAAGCUCGUCAUCGUGGAUCAUUCGGCUACAAUCAGGCGGCCACAGCUGUCGGCGCCAACCUUUCGAUUGCGGUGCUCAUGCGGCAAGAGCACGUCAUCAAUUUGCUGUUCCGCAUCGCCCUUCUAUUGCCGCACUCGACCCCGCUACAAAUCCGCCGCCUAGCCGCAAAGCUCACGUACAACAACGGUGGGGUGCAUUCCGGAGCGGCCAUCAGCGCGCUGCUUUGGUACGUCUUCUUCUCCGUUCUUGUUGUUCGGCAGUGGGUCGGCCCACCCAUAAUGCUGCGGGCAGUUGUAGCCCUAACCGCAGUGCUUCUCGCAUCGUUCGUGACGAUCGUGGGGAUGUCACACCCCGCCGUCCGCCGGGCAUACCACAACCAGUGGGAGCUGACGCACCGUUUCGGUGGCUGGACGGCUAUAGCACUUGUCUGGGCUCAAUUCCUCAUUCUUGCUGUUGUCGGGGCGAAUGCAGGACACACAUCCCUCGGCCUUGCACUCAUUCAGCAACCGAACUUCUGGUUCCUCAUAAUCAUCACUUGCUGUCUCAUCUACCCGUGGCUUCGCACUAAGCGUCUGUCGUUCGAGGCCAAGCAACUCUCGACCCACGCAACGCAACUGCAUUUCAACGACCGCAAGCUUCUCACUUGUCGGGGCGUCCGUCUAGCACACAACCCGCUACUCGAAUGCCACGGCUUCGCCACCAUUCCCGACACGGAUACGGACAAAGGCUACAGCGUCGUCAUCAGCAAUGCCGGAGACUUUACCCGCAAAAUGAUUGACUCUCCGCCAAAGCACAUCUGGAUCCGUGGCGCACCAACCACCGGAGUCAUGCGAGUAUCCUCCAUGUUUCACCCACUCGUCGUCGUCGCUACCGGCUCAGGGAUUGGACCGUGUUUGUCUUGGCUCAACAUGCAUCACGGCUACCCAGUCCGUGUCAUCUGGUCUGCUCGCAGCCCGGAGACGACGUACCAGAGCACCAUGAUCCGCGAUGUGCUCAGGGCGGACCCGCAGGCCUUGAUCAUCGAUACGAAGCAAACAGGUACCCCGGAUCUGGUGGCGCUGGUCUACUCUCUGGUCAAGCAGAGUGGAGCGGAGGCGAUCACGAUUAUUGCGAACCCGAAGGUGACGCAGGAUGUGGUGUUCGGGAUGGAGGCGAGGAAGAUUGCGGCUUUUGGGGCCAUCUUCGACUCUUGA